AGAGAGGGAUCUGAGCAGCAUGAGUUCGAAGUCAAAAUCCGUAGGGAUUAUUGGAGCUCCUUUCUCAAAGGGACAGCCACGAGGAGGGGUGGAAAAGGGCCCUGAAGCAAUGAGAAAUGCUGGUCUUCUGGAGAAACUUAAACAGAAAGUACGGGUAAAUGGCCUUUUCCUCAGAUGUGAUGUGAAAGACUACGGAGACUUGUCCUUUGAUGAUGUUCCUAAUGACAUGCCCUUUCAAAUUGUGAAGAAUCCAAGAUCUGUGGGAAAAGCCACUAGCAAGCUGGCUGGUGUGGUGGAAGAAGUUCAGAGGCAUAACAGAGUCAGCGUGGUCCUGGGUGGAGACCACAGUCUGGCGAUCGGAAGCAUUUCUGGCCACGCCAGGGUCCACACAGAUCUGGCAGUCAUUUGGGUGGAUGCGCACACUGACAUCAACACUCCACUGACGACCACGAGUGGGAACUUGCAUGGACAGCCUGUGUCUUUCCUCAUGAGAGAACUGAGCAAACAGAUGCCCACGGUGCCUGGAUUCUCCUGGGUGACUCCUUGCAUAUCUGCCAAUGACAUCGUGUAUAUUGGCUUGAGAGACGUGGACCCUGGGGAACACUACAUUGUGAAAACUCUGGGUAUUAAAUGUUUUUCAAUGACUGAAGUGGAUAAACUGGGAAUUGGCAAGGUGAUGGAAGAAACGCUCAGCUAUCUCCUGGGAAGAAAGUCAAGGCCAAUUCACCUGAGUUUUGAUGUGGAUGGACUGGACCCAUAUUAUACACCAGCGACUGGCACACCUGUGGUGGGCGGUCUGUCUCUCAGGGAAGGGCUCUACAUCGCAGAAGAAAUCUACAAGACAGGAUUACUGUCAGGACUAGAUAUAAUGGAAGUAAACCCAUGCCUGGGGAAGACGUCAGAAGACAUAACUCGAACAGUGAACUCAGCAGUAGCCAUAACAAAGGCUUGUUUUGGGGUGGCUCGGGAGGGAAAUCAUGAACCUGGGAUUAAUUACAUUAACCCGCCUAAGUAAAUGUGGAAGGCCACAGUUCUUCUCAAAGAUUUAUUCUCUUUGAAAAUAUCUUUCCAAGUAUAUGAGUAUACAUUUUAUCAAUUCUUCUGUGAAAUUUACAAGAGGAACAUUUUAACUUUUGAAAUAAGAACACUUUUAGAAUAGGAUUUAUCCUUAAAAAACACAAAUUAAUUUCCAACUAAAAAUAUGGUGGCAUUUAAGUAAAUACAGUAACAGAAGUUCUCCCAUCCCCUCUAACAGGUGACAAAAAUACCCAUGGGGGGGAGGGUGGUGUCCAUGUGUCCAUAUGGUUCAAAAUAUAUGAUUUUUGUAAUAAACUCUUUUAUAAUAAGAUUUUAUUGUCUACACCUUUCUAAAUACAUGUAACACUCUACAUGUAUGCAUGCAUGUAUGUAUACACUACACUGCUUUACUGUAAAUAUUUGUCGAGGUUGUGAAUAGCCAUCUCUACCAUCUCUAAAAUAUUGCAGAACCCGGGAGAAGGUGGUUGUUUUUUGUUUUUUCUUUUUCAUCUGUAAAAUGGAUAAUCACAGGCUUAGGCAAUCUUCAAGUUCAUUAAUAUUAGAUGACCCUAUUUUAAACUUUCUAAGCAUUAAGCAUGAUAUUAUUGAUAUUUUAAACAUGGAUGUUAUUGAGGUAGCUUUAUGGAAAAUAGAAAAUAUUUUUACCAAAACUCCUUCAUCCCCAAAUUCAAGCUAUUUUGUUUGCAAGAUCUGCUAAAUCAGUAUUAGGAUUUCAAUAAAAAUUAUCUGUGGCAUCAAAAUGUCUUACCCUUUAGUUGGUGCAGUUACAGUAUCUCAGCUAAAAUCCCUAAGCACCCUAAAAACUCUGAAACAUACUAAGAAAAAUGGAAAACACACACACACACACACACACACACACACACACGAAAAGAAACUAACAAUCAAAAGAAGCAAAGCAAACUCUUCUCUUUAUCUACUUUAUACAGGAACUCAACAGAGUUCUGUAAUGAAGUGAGCUCCAUGGAAGAAUUUUUGUUGUACUACAUUAACAACCACAUGCAUGUUAGAAGAGUCUCUGCCAUCUCAUUUUCCUCUUGUAACCCAGCAUUUUAACUCAUAUAGCCUAUGUUUCUUUGGGUCUGGCUUACUUUGCUUAAUAUAAACUUUU